CUCCUCGAGGAGCGGACUAAACCUCCAGAGCUCAGCAUCUAAAAACUCCUUCACUUUCUUUCCGUUUUUUUAUAAUUGUUUGUAUUGUUGUUGUUGUUGUUGUUUACCUCCACAACAACACUCCGGACUCUCUGGACCUCUGGGCUCCUCGUUUUCUCCUCAGGUGAUGACCUCGCUGCUGUUCCCUGCCGUGAUGAAGGACCUCUCCUCCUCCUCCUCCUCCUCCUCUCCGCUGGGCUCCCUCCUCCACUACCCGUCCUCCAAGUCCGCCGACCCCGCCUCCUCCACGCCGCCGGGGUCGUCGCCCCCUCCGGCCAAAGCCCCGCCCUUCUGCCUGCAGACGGCGCCGCACCUCCUCGCCAGCCUGCAGCUGCAGAAGCUCAACUCUCACUACCAGAACCUCUCCGGGCCCUCGGCGCCGCCCGGCGGCCCCCAGAGGAGCUUCGGGGCCUCGCCGCCGGGCGCCGGGGGCCAACUCCACGGGGCGUCCGGCGGCGUCGCCGCGGGCAACCAGGGCCCCGGCGCCAUCAUCGACUUCGACCCCGUGGACGAGGAGGUGCUCAUGGCGCUGGUGCUGGAGCUCGGCCUGGACCGGGCCAACGAGCUGCCGGAGCUCUGGCUCGGACAGAACGAGUUCGACUUCAUGGCCGACGUGGCGGCCGGCUGCUGACCGGCGCCCCCUAGAGGCCGAGACGAGGCGGUUCGAGAGAGAAGGUCGUCCCUCCUCCUUCCUGCUCCUCCUCCGGGAGGAGGCCGGGGGCCGGAGCCGACCGGCGGGGCUCAAGAACCUCGAGGAACAUUCACACCUCAAGAAGAAGAAAGAGCGAGAACACGGAGCUGGAGCUCCGCCCCCCGGAGGCUCCGCCCCCCGGAGGCUCCUCGGCCCUCAGAGAACCGGACAGUCGAACCGACUGUCCGGUUCUCUCCAUGUACUUUUCCUUUUCUGUGUGUGUGUGUGUGUGAGAGAGUGUGUGUAUGUGUGUGUGUGUGAGAGUGU